AUGAGCGAGCCGGCCCCGCAGCCACCGCGUACGUCGCGAUCGGACUCGUCGUCUGGAUCUUCGGUCGAGAGCCACGUUGAGAGUCAGGAGAUCCACAUGCCCGUACCUCAGAGACCGGCGCUCCCCAGCCGGAAGAGCAGUGGCACCCUGAUCGUGCCCCGGGACUCAUAUGAGGUCGGCCCCGUGCCGACGCAGUUCGAGCCUGGCGACGUGCGAGCCAUGAGCCCAAGGAGAACCAGCGAGGACCUGGAGAACAUGGGCCGUGAAGCACGAGAAGAGCUCCACCGACAUGCAAAGGCGCUACAAGACUCCCUGAUCAUGAUCUUCAACCGCAUAGAAGCCGUCAAGGAAGAACACGACAAACUCGACAACAACAACAAGUUCCUGCAGAAGUACAUUGGCGACCUGAUGAGCACGUCGAAAAUCACCGCGACGGGUCCGCGCGGCAGGAAAUGA